UUCUAUGAUUCUGUCAAAUUUUGAACAAAUCCGUGUUUUUAUUUUGUUAAGUGCCUUUAGAUUUUCAAUUUGAAUUUGUUGUUUAAAAGAAGUUAAAGUUAUGGCAGGUGUUCUAUUCGAAGAUAUCUUCAAUGUGAAAGAUAUUGAUCCAGAAGGAAAAAAAUUCGACAGGGGUACGUCGCAUUUUCCGUCUGUAUGCUUUUUAGUGAGUCGAUUGCAUUGCGAGAGCGAGUCUUUCAAGAUGGACCUCAUAUUGGACAUCAACACCUGGUUAUAUCCAAUGGAAUUAGGUGACAAAUUCCGAUUGGUCCUAGCGACAACACUCAGAGAAGAUGGCUAUCCAGAUGGUUCUGACUGGAAUCCCCAAGGGUUAGAAGCAGAAGGUUCUAGGGCCGACAGUUUCGAAUACGUCAUGUCGGGAAAAGUCUACAGGAUAGAAGGAGAUGAAGCAUCGAACGAACAAUCCAGUAGAUUAGCUGCAUAUGUUUCAUUUGGUGGUCUUCUAAUGAGGCUACAAGGAGAUGCCAACAAUCUACAUAGUUUCGAAGUAGACCAGCACAUGUACCUUCUGAUGAAGAAAAUCUUUAUGUAAAUUAGGACAAUUAAGUUUAUUUUGAUAUGGUAAUAAAAAUUAAUCAAGUCAAAUCAU